AUGAUCUCAAACCCUGUUCUCGAAAGUGCAGAGUUCAUCCAUAAUCACAGCAAGCAUGUCACCAUUCCCGACGACGGUAUUGUCCAUGGAGCUGCCAAGAUCUUUGAGGCGAUGAAGAAGACUCACUAUGACACUAGCAAAUGGAAGGAGCACCCUCUCAACCCCAAGGAGUGUAACGCCAGCACCGUCGACUGGAUCUUCCUGGUAGAUCUGUUGAACUUCUCAUUCUGGUCCGAGAUCGAUAUUGACGACACGGGAGUGCCUCACCCAGACCGGUACCGUGUCACGUUUCAUGACGUUGGCUAUACUGGAUACUGGUCGAUGGUGGCCGCGAUCAACCGAGCUCUGGAAGAAGGGAUCCCAAUUACGACACCCGCCUUUUUUGCCUCAGAGGAGCAUCUUCCUGACAAGGAGAUUGAACGGAUCUUUCGAUCGGACACCAAGGAGCAGGUUCCUCUUCUUCAGGAUAGGAUCCGCGUCAUUCGGGAAGCAGGCCGCGUCCUUGUUGAGAAAUUUGACGGGCGCUUUGCGAAUGUUAUUGCACAGGCCGAUCGGUCGGCGUUGAAGUUGGUGGAGCUGGUCACUUCCAACUUUACAUCGUUCAAGGACGAAGCCGAGUUUUGCGGACGAAAAGUCCAAAUCUUCAAGCGUGCUCAGAUUCUUGUUGCCGAUAUUUGGGCUUGUUUCCAGAAUGAGAGCUAUGGGGAAUUCAAAGAUAUUGACGAAAUCACCAUGUUUGCAGACUACCGCGUCCCCCAAGCACUGUAUCACUUUCACUGUCUCCAAUACUCCCCUGACCUCUUGGCGAUCCUGGACCGCGGCGAGAUGCUCCCCAAUGGUUCCCCACUUGAAGUAGAGAUUCGGGGUAACUCUAUCUGGGCGGUUGAGUUGAUUCGUAAACGGAUAUUGGAGUUGAUCAAAAAGGAGCAGGAGGAUGUUCAGGAGAAGGCUGAGAAGGAGGGAGAGGCAGGGGAGGAGGAGAGGAAACCUAAAAUGAUGACGGUGAAUGCGAUUCUGAUUGAUUUUUUUAUUUGGGACUUUGCCAAAGCUGCACAGUUGGACUUGACACUUGGUCAGCGGCCUGUCAAAGUGCACCGGACGCGAUCCGUCUUCUACUAG